CAGUAUACACAGGUAACAGCGGUAGCAAGUAAAAGCCUAAAUCCUCCUUUGUUCUAACGCAAAUUUGAAUCAUGACAGACACCUCCUCCGAUCUCCAAAAAUACGGCGUGCCGUUUUACGGAGCCGGAUGGAUUCCUUACAACCACAUCAAAUCCAAGCUCGCCUCACAAGAAAAGAUUGAAGAGGAUAAGAAAGAAGAAAAAGAUCCAACUCCAUCCAACGAUGACGAGAUCACUACACCCCUAAACUACGUCGUUCUCGCUGGCGGUGGCGGUGAAGGCCGUAGUGGCAUUCCCAAUGCAAUCGUUGUUUCCCACGUUAAUUUCACCUCCAAUUCUCUCUCCGAUCAACCUGUGGUUAAGCAUGAAACUGGUUCUGAUUUGCCUUAUCGAAUGACUGUUCAUCCGCAUGGAGAUGGCAUUAUCUGUGCCUUUCAACAGAGCUGCAGGUUGUUUGAGUGGAAAGAAUCUGAGGGAAAUGAAGUCCACAAACUGGGUGUCAAGGUAUCAGAGAAAGUUCUGAUCCAGUUAGAGGAUGUUGGGCAACAGUUGGCACUGACAUUUAAUAGUGAGGGUUCCGUACUGGCUGUUGGUGGCGAGGAUGGCAGUUUAAGGGUUUUCAAGUGGCCUAGCAUGAAAAUAGUUCUCAAUGAAGCCCAGGCUCAUUCUUCUGUUAAGAACUUGGAUUUUAGCUGUGAUGGAAAAUUUCUUGUCUCACUGGGAAGUGGCCUUUGUAGGAUUUGGGAUGUAACUUCGUCAAAAGUUGUUGCUUCUCUGGCAAAGGGAAAUGAUGAGGUUUUUGCCUUCUGCAGAUUUUCUCAAAUUAAUGAUAAGAAUCCACAUCUGUAUAUUGCUGCAGUCACAGACUAUGGUGGAAGUAUUUUAACAUAUAACACAACCACAUGGAAAAGAAUUCGCACAAGCCGAGUAGUCCGGGAAGCUAUCUCUGCGUUCAAUGUCUCGUCUGAUGGGAAGUUCCUUGCAGUUGGAACAGUCGGAGGAGACCUUUUUAUCAUAAAUUCUGCCAAUAUGCGGGUUCAGAUGAUGGUUAAAAAAGCUCACCUUGGUUUGGUUACAGCAUUGACGUUCUCCCCUGAUUCAAGGGCUUUGGUUUCUGCAUCACUGGACUCAAGUGCUAGGUUGACCCUAAUCAAGGACAAGACGAGUAGUGGCGGGAUGACAUGGAUGAUCAUAUUAAUGGUACUACUUGCUAUUGCUGUGUAUUUUAUGAAGGAGAAAGGAAUUAUACCCUAAUGCAGGCCUGCUAAAAUUGCAAUCGAAGAUUUGACCAUUGUGUUAAAACUUUUGAAAUUGCUUGUGGCAAACUUUACAAAGAUUCUUAUCACUGUUCAGUCAACUUAAAAAUGUGAUAUGGAUUUCUGAUUUAAAUAGUCUAAUCAGCUGACUGCUUCAUUCCCACUUCCUGCCUAAUCAGUAUCCUCUGUCAUAGCUCAUGCUAUCUUGCAAUUUUUGUUUCACUUCGAUCCAUUGGUACUGACUUCUAGAGUCUGUAAAAGAAAUUUGACGGGUUGAAAAUAGUGCGAAUAUUUGUAUACUCAAUUUACGUCUAAUGCGUAUUCGUGAUUUUUAGUGUUUA